AUGGCUGAGCUGUGGAAUCCCGUCGCUCUGGGCUUGUGUGAUCUGAACGAUUCUAAUGUGACCGGCACGGGGUCACCGACAGCGGUUUUUGACGGCAGACAAGACCACAGCAGCAUCGUCCUUCCCGUCAUCUUCGGAAUCAUAUGCUUGGUUGGGACCAUCGGAAACUGCAUCGUCAUCUACACCAUUAACAAAAAGCAAAAGGGCAACCACAACAUUGCCGACAUCUUCAUCGUGAGCUUGUCUGUGACCGACCUUCUCUUCUUGCUCGGAAUGCCCUUCCUCAUUCACCAAUUACUGGGCAAUGGCGUGUGGCACUUUGGAGCCACCAUGUGCACCAUCAUCACGGCUCUGGACGCCAACAGUCAGUUUGCCAGCACCUACAUCCUCACCGCUAUGUCCGUUGACCGAUACCUUGCCACCGUCCACCCCAUCCGCUCUUCAUACGUGAGGACAACUUGCGCGGCCGCCAUGGUGAUCUUGAUGUUGUGCCUUUGUUCCCUGGUCACCAUUAUCCCCGUAUUCAUGUACACCCAGCUGAUUGAGCUUCCAGAUGGCAAGGCCGGCUGUGGUAUCAUCUUGCCCAAUCUCUCCACGGACAUUUAUUGGUAUACCCUCUAUCAGUUCUUCUUGGCCUUCGUCAUCCCUCUUCUUAUAAUCUGCAUAGUUUAUAUCAAAAUCCAAAAGCACAUCUCCUGCGUGGUAGUCCCGUUGCCCCAGAGGAACUUCAGGGCUCGGUCGAAGAAAAUCACUAGAAUGUCCGUAACCAUUUGCUCUGCCUUCUUUAUAUGCUGGGCACCAUAUUACAUCUUGCAGUUGGUCCACCUCAAAGUGGUACGCCCUACUGUCGCGUUCCUCUACGCCUAUAACGUGGCCAUCAGCCUUGGCUAUGCAAACAGCUGCAUCAACCCAUUUAUAUACAUCGUGUUGAGUGAUACCUUCAAAAGGCACCUAAUGAAGGCAGUUUGCCCCGGGCAAAAAGUUUCGAAAAGGCACGCCACCGGUGACGCUAGUCCUUCCGUAAGGAUAUGUUCCGUGCCAACUCAAGAGACGUCCUUAAGUAUGAUGUAUUCUCAUAACAUGGAUAAUUAUAUUUCGUUAUCAGUGUCCGUCUCUUAA